CUUACUUUUUAACUACUUCCUGCCAAAAACCAUUCACCCAAGAGAGAGAGAGAGAGAGAGUUUGACCUGACCGCAACCCUAGCUAGCCCCGUUCAAACCGGCGCAGUAAAAUUCCAAACAAAAUCAAACCAUAUUUUCCUCGAUUUAGAAGGAAUUUCAGAACUUUUGUACUGUUGUUCGUUUCCUAAUCAAGAUAGGAUUUUAUUUAUCUAUAUAUAGAUCCAGAGAGAGAAGGAAGAGAUAGGAAUUCGGAUUGCGAUUUUGAUAUUUGGAUAGACAAAUAGAUAGAUAGAUUUGUGCUUUUAGAGAGAGAAAAUCAUUCAAUCGAUCGAAUCGACAUGGCUAAUAGGUGGUGGGCGGGCAACGUGGCGAUGAAUCCGAUGUCUUCUUCACCGGCGCCGAACGGUUUGAACGCGUCGAACAGCAGCGGCAGCAACCCCAACAACUCGGGGGGCGAGAAUCUAGACGAGGCCGAAGACGGCCAGAACCCCGCGGGCGACAUCGAGAUCUCGGGGCCGUCCUCGGCCGGGUCUGGGGGUCGGCGCCCCAGGGGCCGGCCCCCGGGCUCGAAGAACAAGCCGCGGGCCCCCGUGGUGAUCACCAAGGAGAGCGCCAACGCCCUCCGCAGCCACGUCCUCGAGAUCGGGAGCGGCAGCGAUGUCGUCGACAACAUCGCCGCCUUCGCGCACCGCCGCCACCUCGGCGUCUCCGUCCUCUCCGGCAGCGGCGUCGUCACCAACGUCACGCUCCGCCAGCCCGCUGGCGCCGGUGUGCUCAGCCUCACCGGGAGGUUCGAGAUCCUCUCGCUCUCCGGCGCAUUCCUGCCGCCGCCGUCGCCGCCGGGGGCCACCGGGCUCACCGUCUACCUCGCCGGCAGCCAGGGCCAGGUCGUCGGCGGCCCGGUCGUCGGCACAUUGAUCGCCUCGGGGCCGGUGAUGGUCAUCGCCGCGACGUUCACUAACGCCCCCUUCGAGCGGCUUCCGCUCGAAGAUGACGGAGAUGGGAUGUCGUCUCAGCAGCCGCCGCCGCAGCCUGCGGCGAUGGCUGAGCCUCCGCCGCCGUCUUCGGCGGCUAUGUAUAAUAAUGUGCCGUCGAAUUUGCUUCCAAACGACGGCGGCGCCGCCCAAAUGCCGCACGACAUGUUCUGGGCUCCGUCGCGCCUGCCUCCUCCGUCCUAUUAGGACGGAGGCGGCAAGGUCGGAAGAAUAGGACGGAGGAGGCCGCGGAAUGCUUUAGGUUUUUAACUCUAAUUUGCAAUGAACAAUUGUGCUAUCAAUAAUUAGCUUCAUAAAUUCACCCUUUUAUUUAAUUUAUAUCAAAUGUGUAAUUUAGUUUGAAUUUUUAUGUUUUGGUAUAUGCUAGUAUUAAGUAAGUGGAGUAUUUGUGUUGGCUCAAAUUGGGAGAAAAAGUUGAACGAUUAUUGCGAUUAUUUGCGAUCACAUCUCCUAGUGGUUCAUGUGUAUGUUCUUGCAACUUGAUUUAUUUUGGACUAAUUAUAGCAACUUGAUUUGAA